AACCCAUGAUUCGACCUACACAGGACGAUGCCAGUUUUGCUCAGCACAUGAAGCGGAAAGCUAAAAAAGAAGCUUUUACCCUAAGUAGAAGAGUUGAAGAUUUUACUCAGGAGAAUGUUCUAAUUCUGGGCGGGUUCACCGGCUUCUAUCUCCUGGGUCAGAGCGCUGGAUUAUGAUGAAUAUAAAUCUAGAUAUUUCUGUAGUUUUUCCUUACGCCUUGUAUUCAAAUUUACCUGUAGAUAUCUGUUAUUACAUGAGCAUUCAUCUUUAGUUUAGAUCAACAAUAGUUUGUCAGCUUCUACCAUGCCGUAGAAAUAGUUAUAUUUAGAUCAAAUAUUUAUUAGAAAUAUAUUUCAGACUCAACACACACAGUUAAAAUGGGAAGUAAAAUGGAUAUGAGCCUAGAUGAUAUCAUCGCCGCUGGGCGUAAAGGCGGAAGCGGAGGGAAAAGUGGAGGCGGCGGAGGUGGUGGUGGACGUCGAGGGGGUGGUGGCCGUCCUCGUGGCCGAGGAGAUCGUAGAUCCGGAGGUGGUGGCGGUGGUAGAAGAAACGGAGCCCCCAGAAGUAGAUCACUAGGGCAGAGUGACGGAUACACCAGAGGAAAUGUCGACGGUAAAUGGUCUCACGACAUGUUCAGCGGAGCCCGUGGAGCUGUCGGCGGAAUGGGAGACGGAGCUCUUAGAGCGUUCACCUCCGCCCUGGCCUCCUCAUCAGGACCUGGUAAACUGCUGGUGAGCAACCUGGACUACGGAGUGAGUGAGGCAGAUAUUCACGAAUUAUUCUCCGAGUUUGGAAGUCUGAAGAUUGCGACCAUACAUUACGAUAAAUCUGGUAGAAGUCUCGGCACAGCAGAGGUCUCAUAUGACAAGCGUAGUGAUGCCGUUAAAGCUAUGAAGCAAUACAACGGAGUACCUCUGGACGGAAAAGCUAUGAAGAUUGAGAUUGCCGGAUCUGAAAGUGAACCUGUUGCCCCCUUACGCAGAGCUUCCGGUGGCGGUGUUGCCGCCAACCGUCUAGGGCGGCGGGAAGACCGACCUCGUAACAGCGGCGGUGGUGGUGGGGGACGUGUAGGCAGCGGAAGAGCUAGGAACAGUCGUGGCCUGCAAUUAUUCUUUUUUAAAGGGAGGGAGAAGAAGGAGGAACCGUCGAAGGACGCCCUGGACGCCGAGAUGGAAGAGUACAUGAAGUCCAAAGCUUGA